AUGCGUUUAAAAUAUGAUAUUUUAAGUGUAUAUGAUCAGUUGUCAAAUUAUAUUAAUGAAUUCCGUGAAUGUGGGAUGAAAGAGGCAAAAAUAAACGGGGUAUUGGGUGGCUAUUUAGCCCAUUUAUGGUAUGUCCAACAGUAUUGUUCAAUUAUCGAUGACUAUAUAAAUGACUAUGCUACCUGUAAGAAGACGCGGGAUGAUAUUGUUCAAGCUGAAAGGGAUACCUACAAAGAUCUUAUGGACUCUGUUUGUGAUAUGGGUCAGGAUCGUGAUAGGAUAUGGCGAACCAUAGUUGAUCGUUUAAAAAAGGGUCAAAGUUCUGAAAAAAUCCUCGGAUAUUUGAAAACCUUAGAGAGUGAAAUGAAAAUAGAGUCUAAUCGUGCUCAACAAAUGAUUCAGGAGCGUGAACGAACUAUCGAAAGCAUUUGCCAAAGUACGGAUGAUUUACCGGAACCUAUGACGCGUGACAAAUGUAAUGAAAUAAUUCAACAAGUGCGGGGUUAUAAUAAGGAUGAGAAUUAUCUCAAUAAACAUUUAGAUACUAUGGCCAAUAAAUUGAAACUUGAGCGUGAAAAAAUAAACCGUGAUAAAUUUGAACGUGAUCUCAAAUGGAAUCGUCGGAUCUAUGGGGACCGGGAUCGGGCGAUUCGACGAAUCUGUAUAUCUACUGCCGAUUCUAGUAGACCGGUAACCCGUGUAGCGUGUGAUUCCUGGAUUGAUACUUGGUAUUUCAAAGGUUACGAUGACACAACGGUUAAUGCAAAAUUAUGGGAAAUGGUUCAUAAAAAUGAGAAGAAGUUGUACAAGCGAUUAAAUUUAUCUAAAUCUGAUAUCGCCGAACGCAAUCGUUUGUAUGAUGAGGAGGGGACACGUCAUGCUCAAUAUAUACUGAAUAUCGAAAAUAGAGAACGUGCGGAAAAAGAAGAAAGAGAACGUAUAGAACGUGAGGAAAAAGGAAAUGGGAAGCUUUGGACAGUAGUUCUGUUCGUUCUAGCGAUUAUUGGUAAUUUUAUAUAUUUGAUUAUACUUGAAUUUUUUUUAUGA